AUGCUUGCGCCAACGACCUCACUGUUGGCAGCGUUCUUGUCCUUGGGUGGUCUCGAACUCGUCGCGGCCCAGGAUGCAGCCCAGGCCCAGGAAUUGAGAGCGCAACACUAUUUCCUGAAGCGUUCUGAGACAAAUGUUAGCCCCGGUGUUUCCUCCCAGCCUGUUACACCGGUCGAGUUGACCACCAGGUCCGAAACAAAUGCGGUUGACCCUGCUCUCACCUCGGCAGAAGAACACACCCCGCUCAUGGACUCUUCCCCUGGUGUCAUCGUUGUUCCUGUGACCCUUUCAGUGGACGCCAAUGGUGUUACGCACACGAUUGUGGGCACAGCACCAUAUGUUCCUGGUGCUUCUACAUCCACUAGUUCUACCGUGGAGCGUGUAGAAAGUACUCCAGCUGCGGCAUCCGCGACGACGACGGCAGGCUCGACCACCGCAGGGACUGACUCAACUACGACCGAGUCCGAAAAGCAUACUUCUACAAGCAACACUGAGACGCCCACUUCUACAACCGAGUCUAAGAAGCACACCUCUACAUCGUCAGCCGCUGUUGAGACCAUCCCUUCUUCAUCAGCAGCAGCAGCUGCUACAACUACCCGCACUUCGAUUUCCGACUCCUUGGAGAGCUUCAUCUCCAGUUUACUUGGGUCCGGUGCAAGCACUACCGCAGCUGCCACUACAACCAGCCCUACGUCGCAGGCCGAGUCUAGCUCUGCAACGUCCACUCCCGUAUCGAGCUCUGCUGCGGCCAUCGUAGACGUCCAUACAAGCAAGAGCUCCACGAGCGAGAGCUCUACGUCUCCCAGCUCCACAAGCGAAACUGCUACUCAAAGUUCUACAGCUCAGGGAUCGACGACCCAGAGUUCUUCUACCCAUGUCAUUCAGGCCCAGAGCUCUUCGAACCCCGUCUCUUCGACUGCAAUUGCGACCGCAGAGUCCUCCACGGAGGCUUCGAAGUCGGAGUCUGCCACUCAUACCUCGAAAGCGGAGAGUUCAACUCAACUCAUCUCAAGCCAGAGCACUUCCGCCCUGAGCUCUUCCGCUCAGGUACCUCUGGCUGAGACUACUUCGAAAUCAGACUCGUCAAGUCGGAGCCUGUCGAGUCCAAGCUCUUCAAGUCAGGUUACCUCUAUCCAAGUAACAUCCAGCCAAGCCGCGGCUAGCCAGGCCACCUCUGUCCAGGCCACCUCUAGCCAAGCCAUGUCGAGCCAGGCCACCUCUAGCCAGGCCACCUCUAGCCAGGCCACCUCUAGCCAGGCCACCUCUAGCCAGGCCACCUCUAGCCAGGCCACCUCUAGCCAGGCCACCUCUAGCCAGGCCACCUCUAGCCAGGCCACCUCUAGCCAGGCCACCUCUAGCCAGGCCACCUCUAGUCAGGUCACCUCUAGUCAGGUCACCUCCUCAAGCGUGGCAUCCCAGACUACUGGGGCGGUGUCCUCGAGCCUUAUACCCAUUGCGUCUCAAGACGUGACUUCCACUGCAUCCCCGAGUUCGUCAGGUGGUUUGCUCGCAUUUAUCACAGAUAUGUUGACCUCUAGCUCCAAUACUGCUACCUCCACUGGAUCUAGCUCAGUUAUUAGCAAGAGUGCAAGUGACUCUGUUGAUUCCAGUGCUUUCCCUACAAUCUCGGUCAGCGUCCCUGUGGUGACCCCUGCAUCAUCAUCUUCGGGAUCCGUCAAUAUAAUUCCUGGUCUUCUGAGCACACUACUGGGCACCAGCUCAGAAUCAGCGCCUGAGACUUCAAGCAUGGCGAGCCUGGGUUUGGGUGUCUCCGCCACUUCCACGGCUCUUAUUCCUGCAGCGUCCAGCGAAUCCCAAAGCUCCGCUCCCGGAGCCUCGACCCCUCUCGUCAGUGGUGGUAUUAUCAUCUUGCCCACUGCGACUGAAACUACUUCAGGUUCCCUGUCAGGGUCUGCUUCAACAGGUCUUUUCGGAUCCACAUCCGAAACCGCCGGAUUGACCUCUGCAUUGGCUUCUGGAUCUGCAGGUGUUAUCCCUACCUCGGACGCAGGUGCUAUAUCUGGCUCCGCAGGCGUUAUUCCCACGUCGGUCUCUGGUUCUGCGACUGGGUCGGUAGGUGUUAUUCCUACCUCAGUGUCUGGAUCUGUCUCUGGCUCCGCAGGCGUCAUUCCCACCGUCUCUGGAUCUGCGUCUGGAUCUGCGUCUGGAUCUGCAGGUGUUAUUCCUACCUCAGACGCAGGUUCUCUUUCAGGCUCUGCAGGCGUCAUUCCCACGUCACUCUCGGGCUCUGCUUCUGGUUCUGCAGGAGUUAUUCCCACAUCGGUCUCAGGCUCUGCUUCUGGCUCUACAGGCGUUAUUCCCACGUCGCUCUCGGGCUCUACUUCGGGCUCUGCAGUAGUUAUUCCUACUGCGGCAUCUGGAUCCACAGGACUUUUCCCCACGACUGCUUCUGGAAUUUCUUCAGAAUUCCCUUCGGGAUCUGCCGGACUUAUUCCAACUGCAGGAUCCGUCUCAUCUGGGUCUGUCUCUCUGACUACCAUCUCAGGACCUGGCACCUCGAUCGCCUUGAUCACUUCCACUCAAGAGCCAUCGGGUGUGGCAUCGGCAACGCCGACAAGCGCUCUAUCUACCAGCACUAGCAAGGAAACGCCAUUGACCACAGAACUGCCAACUACGACGACGACCCAGGCCGCCGAGACCACCCUCACCCCAACCUCGACCUCGACCACCUCCGAUUCCGAUGACUAUCUGCCAUCGAGCAUCCUGGUGGUUGAGCCUACGACUACGACAUCGAAAAGCACGGGCACGGCUACUCAUGCGGCUACUACCACCACUGCUUCCGCUCAGCUUCCUGGGUCGAUCUCUCCCGCCGGUGGCCUUCCCGAGAAGCCGGCGAACGACACCCUGAUUCAGAUCGGUUUCAACGGUAAACUGCGCUACAGCUUUGUAGCCACGACGCCUUUGUCUUCCUCUCAGAUCUUCAUGUAUGUGCCGGAAGGCCUCGGCUACGCGUUGGGGCUCAAUAACAGUGAGGUGGUCAUGUAUGACAUCCAACCGUACGACAACUCGGCAAGCACCGGAUACAUUGCUACCGUUGCCCUGGCAUACAUCCCGUCGGACGAUGUUGACACGCUGAGGAAGAUGCUUCACAACCCCAUCUCGAAACUCUAUGAGCAGCCCAACGAGACAGUGAAGACAUUGAUGUCAAUGAUCGACCCUUCUAUUCCUCUUCUGGUGGGCCAGUCGGGCUCUUCCGGCAGCAGCUCAUCCAGCGACGGUGGAUCGGGAAGUAGCAGCAGCAACGGGGAUGGAAGCGACAGUGGCUACGAUCAAGGCGAUGCGGGUACUAGUUCAUCCGGCACAACCAAGGCCAGCGCUGUUGGUAUCGGAUGCGGUGCUGUGGCUGGUGCAGCAGCAUACGGCGCUGGUAUGUUUUGGGUUGCGCGUCGGUACCGGAAGAAGCGUCAGUUGCACCAACGCUCGCCCUCGAGCGCCGACCAGAUGAGCGAAGGCCGCGGUGGUGGGUCAGUCCUUGCUGCCGGUGGCCGUCUCUCCCGCAACAGUCAAAAUAGCCGCGGCACCGGCCGGACCCAGAUGAUCAGCGCGCCUGUGAUGGCCGAGAAUUCGCUCGGCUGGAACUAA